AUGCCUUCACACAGAGUCUACACAGACGCUGAAUUACUACCAUGGACUAUCCGCCUCGGCCUUGUCUACCACACUGCUGCACUCAUAUCCCGACUUGGACAAAUUGCAACACGAUAUGCCGGCCCAAAUAAGCUGCUGAUAUCAAUACUUCUCGUCAUUGCAUUUAAUCUUGCGCCAAUGCUUAACGCUGCUGUCUGUAAUGAGGACACGGCGAACUUGGCGGGCUGCAUUCUAUGGAUUGGGGCGCUUUUCACUCGUGGUGUUGAGUUUAUGGAAUACCUUUCACAAACUGAGUUGGAAUCUCGGGAUAUUGUGACGGAGGAGUUACUAUUACCGGCCUGUGAGACUGGGGCACAUAAGGAGGAGGAGUCAGAAUAA